UAAUGACCCCAGCAGACAAGCUGUGACAUUGCGUACGGCACUCAGCAUGCUGAGGAAAGCAGUCUGUAUGACACCCAGUGCUGUUUUUACUGUGGGGGUCGUUAUCCCAGGGGUGAUGGGAGUCGCACUACUUCUGCUCAUUGUUCCUGUGACCUGCCUGGAGUUUCCAGUCUAUCGCAUGCAGCAAUACACUCUGCAGGGACAGCCACAUGGGUCUCAGAGUUCACUGGUCCAAGCGGAAAGCAGAACGCUAGAAGCUGAGCUUCUAACACGUCGUUGUAUUAUAAUGCGUCUGAAAGAUUUCACAAUGGAGAAAUGGGGUCAGAUUCUCAGCCAGCCUGCUGGGGCCGUGCUUAUUCUUGUCCCUCUCGAUCUUCCCUCAGUGCUGCCGUCAUCAGAACAGAACUUCAUGGAACAGGAGUUCGAUCUCUUAACCAAUAAGACUUUGCUUCCAAUUUACUUCGCCCUGGAGGAGACAGAGGUCCUUGCUAUCUAUGAAGAAACAAAAGCUGCCUCUCUAACUCUGAGAUCAUCCUCAGCUCUGGAAGUCUUGUUCGGCAUGGUGAUGGGAAGCGGUUUCCAAAUGAUAACGGGGGAAACACAGAGUAAACCUGUCAUCAACUCAGCCAUUGUCACCCUGGAGGGACACCUGACAGGUCGAGGAAAUGUUGGGGAUCUGCUGACUGUGGUCAUCGUUGCUCAUUAUGAUUCGUUUGGGGCUGCACCUUGGCUGGCAUACGGGGCAGACUCUAAUGGCAGUGGUGUGGCCGUCCUGAUGGAGAUGAUCCGCCUUUUUCACCUAUUAUAUAAGAGCUCCCGGAGCAAGCCCAGGUACAACCUGCUGUUUGCGCUCACUGGCGGAGGGAAGUUUAACUAUCAGGGAAGCAAGCACUGGAUUGAGGAACACCUGGACCAUUCUGAGACCAGCAUCCUCCAUGAAAACGUGGCCUUUGUAUUGUGUCUGGACACGUUGGCUAGCGGUAACACUCUUUAUCUCCACGUUUCCAAACCUCCUCCAGAAGGCUCAGCCCAGUGGGAAUUCGUCCAAGAGCUGCAAUCGGUAAUCGGUUCUCCUCUGUUCUUUGGUGUUAACUUUUCACUAAUACACAAAAAAAUUAAUUUGGGAGAUUCGCUUCUGGCGUGGGAACAUGAGCAGUUCAGUCUGCGCAGAGUGCCAUCAUUCACCAUCUCUCACCUGGACAGCCACAAACGUGGUUUGAAAAACACCAUAUUGGACACCAGAUCCCAAGUCGAUAUAAAGACGCUGACUCGGAACACACGGAUCCUGAGCCAAGCGCUGGCCAUGUUUAUGUAUAAAGAAACAAUCAAGGAGACCAGAGACAAACUGGAUAUCUUUCAAGGGGAGCUGGAAGUACAAGCUCCCCGGCUAACGUCCAUCAUUGAUUGGUUGGUAUCCCAGCCCCGGGCAACCCAACUCAUCGGAAAAAGCCACCCAUUGCUGUCCACCAUGGAGCAACUCUUCAGGCGCCACCUGAGUGACGUGAGGCGCCAUGUGUUCAAGGCAGACAACAGACAUCCUGAGAUUAUUUUCUACGACCAGCUGAAACAAACAAUGACAUCAUACAGGGUGAAGCCCGCUGUCUUUGAUUUAUUUGUAGCUGUCAUUGUUGCCGUAUACCUGUGUGUGAUCCAUCACUCCAUCCAGAAUUUUGGUCGCUUGUACUACGGGAUUGUGAGACUGAUUGGAAAGCAGAAGAAAAAAUGAAUGAUGCGAUCAUCAGUACAAAAUAAGGGAAUCUGCAGAAAAACAAAAAGAUUUCUAUUUUAACCCCUUAGGGACACAUGACAUGUGUGACAUGUCAUGAUUCCCUUUUAUUCCAGAAGUUUGGUCCUUAAGGGGUUAAUAAACCAAGCAGCCACACAGAAACCUGCUCAUUUACGGUCACGUUCUGUGAUUGACCUGUCUGCACAUAAAGCAGAUAUUAUUACUGUUACUGGAUCUCACACUAGAUGAAUGGAACAGUCACCAUAGUAAGAGCCACUUCCUCCACCACUGAGAGCACAUUGUCACUGUCGGAGCUAGUCUGCCCACUGGUGAUAACCUGGAACGCACGUCUGCUGCUUCAAAAACAUUCCGAUCCAUUUUUAGUUAUCGCUGCUGAUACUGGAACUCCGUCUUUGUGCUCCCACCAACGUUUUUAAUGUGCGCUGGAUAUAAACUCAGAAAUCCAGAAGAUUAUAAGGUUUCCAUUCUAUACGGAGAAAGAUCGGCUAUAAAGGGUUUUAUUGCUCUGUAAGAUAAUAUCUCUGGAGUUUCUCAGGGUUUACAGGUGUUGUGGAUAUUCUGAUGAUUUUCAAUAAAACAUUACUGUGCGUUAAAAAAUUGGAGUCCUUGGCUAUAAAAUUCCUUCUGUUUCACAUCGCUGUCUGAGAGAGACGAAGACAGGGGCUGUUAUGUGUUCCCCC